GAGGAGGUGGGCAGGUUUAGCUCCUGGUGAGGAGAGAUGGAGCUGGGAGGGACUGUGGGGACACCGAGAGCCCCCAUCAAGUCCGUGGGAGCAGAGGCUGAGCGUCCAUCAGCCCGCUCUGCCCCUGAGCUUUUGGGGUCCGUCAGGAUCGAUGCCCAAGCAGAGCAGCCCACGCGGUGCUGCGAUGGUCAGAGUGAGCACCACAGGGACAGCAGUGCGGGCUCCUCCAGGCUCCCCACGCAGCACUCUCUCCACUCCCUGUGCCUCUGCCAUGUCCCGCAGCCCACCAGCAGCCGAGGACCAGACCUUCCUCCUGGAGUACCGCUGCCACCCGCUGCGAUCCGGACCCCCUGCACCAACCUCCCCUCCAGGCAAGCGCAAUCCUGACUCCGCCAUGAGCAGCUUCCCCAUGGCUGAGCCACGCCGCAUCGUGCUGAGCACCGACAGCCCGGCUGCGCUGAAGGUGGGCACGCAGCAGCUGAUCCCCCGGAGCCUGGCGGUCUCCACCAAGACCAAGAACCCCACGCGGAACCCCAGCGCUGGAUCCAUCCCUGAUGCUGCGUGCUCGGGGCAAAAGCGAGCGUCCGUCCCCAGCAUCACACUGCAGGAGGGCACGGAGGAGGAUGGAGGAGGGAUGCUCAAACGCAACCUGAGGAACAUGUCGUACCGUGCAGCCAUGAAGGGCACUGGCACGGAGAUGGAGCCUGUGAGCACCGUGCCUACACUGAAACCACUGCUGGAGGAGGGGAGCGCUCCGCCUGCCCGCAGCCCUGGCAGAAGCAAGCGAACCCUCGGGAGGAAGCGGGUGCAGAAGCACGGCGGCUCAUUCAAGGACCAGCCACGGCUGUACCAGGAAAUCCGUGAGAGAGGGCUGAACUCAGUCAGCCAUGAGUCGGACGAGGAUUUGCUGGAGGAGCCCAGCCCUGAGGAGCCUUCCCCGCCUGGUGCUGCCAUCGUGGUGCGGAGUUAUCGGCCUGCACAGGUCACCUGGAGCCAGCUCCCAGAGGUGCUGGAGGCGGGCUUGCUGGAGGCCAUAAAGCCUGAGGAGCGCAAGAGGCAGGAGGCGAUGUUUGAGAUCAUCACAUCAGAGUUCUCCUACAUGCACAGCCUGACUGUGCUGGUGGGCUGCUUCAAGAAGUCGGAGGAGCUGAAGGAGACCAUGACCCAGACGGAGCACCACCACCUCUUCUCCAACAUCAGCGACAUCCUGGCUGUCAGCACCAACUUCUUCCAAGCCCUAGAGAAGCGACACCAGGAGAACGUCCUCAUCCCCGACAUCAGUGACAUAGUGGAGGAGCACGCCUCGAAGCACUUCAACCCCUACAUCAGUUACUGCUCCAACGAAGUCUACCAGCAGAGGACACUGCAGAGGCUGCUAAACACAAACCCCUUAUUUAAAGAGGCCUUGAAACAAAUUGAAAGGAAACCAGAAUGUGGAGGGCUGCCACUGAUAUCAUUUCUCAUUCUCCCUAUGCAGAGAGUAACGCGGCUUCCUCUGCUGUUAGAUACAGUCUGUCAAAAAACACAAGCAUGCACUGCAGCGUAUGGAGCUGCCACCAGAGCUCUGAAAGCCAUCAGUAAGCUGGUUAAGAACUGCAACGAAGGAGCUCGUGCAAUGGAGAGGACAGAGCAGCUGUGCACUCUGCAGAAGCAGCUGGAGUUUGGGAAGAAGAAGCCUUUUCCCCUGAUCUCUGCCUCUCGCUGGCUGUUGAAGCGGGGUGAGCUCUACCUGCUCUCCUCUGAGGAAGGAGGAAUCUUCCGUAAGGGCUCUGGCAGGGUCUGCCACCUCUUCCUCUUCAAUGACGUCCUGAUCAUCACCAAGAAGAAAAGUGAGGAGAGCUACACCGUCAUGAACUACGCCAUGCUGGACCAAGUCUCAGUGGAGAAGAUGGAGCCCACAGAGCCGCCAUCCCCUCCUCCCGGCCGGCCAGGCGGGCACCUGCUGCGUGUGGCCAUGGAGAGGGACAGCGAGGGCCGGCGGGAGGAGGUGCUGCUGUCAGCAGAGACGCUGAGUGACCGGGCACGCUGGGUCACCGCGCUGAUGCACCGGGAGCGAGAGCAGCCUGACAGCACUCCCCGUGGAGACCUGAGCCAAGUGGAGAUAACCCGUGCCUACAUGGCCAAGCAGGCAGAUGAGAUUUCCCUGCAGCAGGCUGAUGUGGUGCUGGUGCUGGGCGAGGAGGAUGGCUGGUGCUGGGGUGAGCGGCUGCGGGACGGCGAGCGGGGCUGGUUCCCCCAGGCCUGUGCUCGACCCAUCACCAGCCGUGUGGCUGUGGAGUGCAACGUGAGGCGGAUGGAGCGGCUGCGGAUCGAGACGGAUGUGUAACAGCCAGGCCUGACCCCGUGGGAGCUCCAGAGCUCUGUAUGCUGAGCCCUGCCAGGAGGCAGCAGGAGAGCCAUUCUUCCUGGGUUUGAUGGGCAGGGACUGGUUGUGGCAGCAGUGUUGAUGGCUGUUAAUUGACACGGGACCUGGCGUUCCAGGUGCCUUUGGCCAAGCAUUAGGAUGUCCUUGCCCGGUGCAAAGCUGGCUUUCCUCUAUAACUCAGCACCAAGGAGUGGUUAAGGAUGAGGGUCAGAGCAGGGAAUGGUGCUGUGGCUGCUGAGCCGCUCAGGCCUGUUUGCAAUGGAAGGAGUGCUGGAGGCAAUGGGGAUGCUCAGGGCAGCAUUGCUCUGAUGUCUCUGUUUGCAUCAAACUGCCAAAGGAUGAAGGAGACCAACAAUAAAUUCUUGGAGCCUAAUGAGACAAGUGUCCUCCUUGCCCAAAGUGCAGCAGUGGCCCCCCACCAAGGAGCCAGGUGUUCCCCACUACUAAUCAACCAGCAGGAAGCUCCAUCUGCCAGCUGUGUCUUUGCUGCUGAUUUGUGAUGGAUGUGGCUCAGGAGCCGUCCUUCAAAAGAGCUGCAGAGACAUUCACAUGUAACUAACUGAAGGGAAGAGACGAGGCAAAAAGAAGUUCAGUGAGGCUGUUUAUUUCUAUCAACUGUGGAAGAAUGAGAAUUGUUAAUCAGUGCUGAAUUAAAGGAGGUAAGAGUCUAA